AUGACAGACUUCAACCCCAUGUCUUCCGUCGACAUCUCCGUCAUUGAAGACAAGAUGAGAAUGGCCUCCCUUGACCAGCACCGUGGCUACUCCCAGAACACCUUUGGCGAGGUUCAGCAAUACCGCAACACGGAAUACGUGCCCAAGACCCAGGCAACCGCUUUCCAGAUCCUGCGCGAGCCCCUCUGGAACAAAGGUGAGUUGAUGGCAGCUGCCGCUUCCCCCACUUACACCCCUCCCUCUUUUUUCCUCCCACAACAUCCCCAAUUCCUCGCUCCAUCCCCUCCCAUGGCUUCUUCACUCACUGGGCGCGCCCGUCGUCUUCCCUCACUACUUCCUCGCCCGCUCAAUCCUCUGCCUCGUGCUCCCAUCCACUCCUCCUCCAAACUAACCGCCAUGGUCGAAUCAGGUCUCUCCUUCACGCCCGAAGAGCGCGUCACCAGAAACCUCACCGGCCUUAUCCCUCACACCAUGGAGAGCCUCCAGACGCAAUGCCAGCGGGCCAUGAAGAUGAUCAACACCCGCCAGACCGACGUCGACAAGUACCUCUACCUGUCCUCGCUCAAGGCCCAAAACUUUGACCUCUUCUACCGCCUGCUCAUUGACAACGUCCGCGAGCUCAUGCCCUUGGUCUACACCCCCACCAUUGGCGAUGUCUGCCUGCAAUACUCUACCCUCUACACCCGCCCGGAGGCUCUGUACAUUUCGAUCAAGCAGCGAAAGUCCAUCCGCACCAUGCUCCGCAACUGGCCCUACCCCAACCCCCAGAUCUGCGUCGUCACCGACGGUUCCCGCAUUCUGGGUCUUGGUGACCUCGGUGUCAACGGUGUCGGUAUCUCUAUUGGCAAGCUCGCUCUGUACACUGGUGCCGCCGGUAUCCACCCCGAAAACACCCUGCCUAUUGUCCUCGACACCGGCACCAACAACGAGACCAACCUCAAGGACCCCUUCUACCUGGGCAUCCGCUCUAAGCGCGUGUCCGUCGCCGAGCAGCAGGCAUUCAUGGACGAGUUCAUGGAGGCCGUCACCGAGGUUUACCCCGAGAUGACUGUCCAGUUCGAAGACUUUGAGUCCGAAAAGGCCUUCAACUACCUCGACCGCUACCGCGAUAAGUACCGCUGUUUCAACGACGAUAUCCAGGGAACUGGUGCCGUCGUCCUCGCUGGUUACAUCAACGCCGUCGAGCUCUCUGGCGUUCCCCUCGAGGAGCAGCGCCUGGUUUUCAUGGGCGCCGGUUCCGCCGGUGUCGGUGUCGCCAAGCAGCUCGUCGAGUACUACACCAAGCGUGGCCUCAGCGAGCAGGUCGCCAGGGACAAGUUCUGGCUGGUCGACACCAAGGGUCUCGUCACCAAGGACCGCGGUGACAAGCUCGCCGAGCACAAGAAGUACUUUGCCCGCACCGACAACAACGGCCACCAGUUCCGCACCCUCGAGGAGGUGAUUGAGUACGUCAAGCCCACCGCUCUCGUCGGUCUCACCGCCACCUUUGGUGUCUUCACCGAGUCCGUCGUUCGCGCCCUCAAGGCCUCUGUCGACUCUGGCGGUCUUGGCCGCCGCCCCGUCCUCUUCCCCCUCAGCAACCCCCUCACCAAGGCCGAGUGCACUUUCGAGCAGGCCGUCCAGUGGACCGACGGCACCGUCAUCUUCGCCUCCGGCUCCCCCUUCUCCCCCUUUACCAUGAAGAGCCCCGACGGCCAGGCCAUUACCUACCACCCCAACCAGGGCAACAACGUCUACGUCUUCCCCGGUCUCGGUCUCGGUGCCAUCCUCGCCAAGGCCUCCAAGGUCACCGACGACAUGGUCUAUACCUCGGCUGCCGCUCUCGCCGCGUCCCUCAACGUUGACGAGAUCCACAAGGGUCUCAUCUACCCCCGCAUUGAGCGUGUGCGUGACGCCAGCGUCAUUGUGGCCCGCGAGGUCAUGAAGUCUGCCCGCAGAGCCGGUGUCUCCAAGCUUCCCGAGUCCCAGUGGGUCGAGUGGGAGGAGUGGGGUGAUGUUGCCCUGGACGCCUGGAUCAAGGAGCGCGUCUACGACCCCGUCAGCUUCUCCGAGAAGAGCCGAAUCUAA